CGGGCCAAAUGCUUAACUCCCCGGGCAUUGCCAACUCCUGAAGGUCAAUGCUACUCGCGGCAUUUGAACAUCCGUUUUAAUUAUCAACAGGCGAGAACCAAAUACUCAUCUCGGUGCAUGACGGAAUUCAGACACCCUGACUGUCUGCCAACCUUCCAAAAAAAAAUAUCGCCGACCGACUUACAGAAUCAAACUAGCACAGCCUCCCAUAUCAAAAUGUCACCUUGGAAUUGGCCGCUAUGGUGGCGGAUGCUCAUCCUCCUCAACAUGAGCUUCUAUAACUUUCUUGGUAACGCCUUCGCCGCUGGAGUUCCGCCUCUCUUCGGGCUUAUCAUCGAAGAAUUCGACGUAACCACUGAGCAAGUCUCCGGUCUCUCUACAUUUGUUCUCUUGGCGUUGGGGCUUUCUAAUAUAUUUGCCCUUCCUUCCGAAGCUAUUGUUGGUAAAAGAUUUACCAUCAUAAUCUCACUUGUGGUAUUCUUAGCAGCCAGCAUCUGGUCCGGCGAAGCUGCCACCUUCGAGAGUCUAAGGGCUGCACGAAUAAUCGGUGGACUCGCGGGGGGCCUCGUAGAGGCUUUGGGGCCUACAGUUGUUGUUGAGAUAUUUCCAGAACACCAGCUUGGUCGUGCAAUGGUAAUAUACGUUGGCUUUCUCGCUGCCGGCUCUGCGCUGGGGCCAGUUGUUGCUGGUGCCGUUGCCUCUCAGCUUGGCAGUUGGCGAUGGUAUGCCCGAAUUCUUUCUAUGGGCAUUUUUGCUAACUUGGUUGGAUGUCUUGCGAUGCUCCCUGAAACUUCUCACGGUACGAACAGCGGUAUCACUUUACCAGAACCCACUGAUCUGGUCGACAAAGACGAGCUCAGCGAUAAACCUCAGCAAAUGACCAAAGAUCAUGUUGGAAAUGAUGUGCCUCUGGAGAGCGGGGGGAAGUCAAUGUCACAAAUUUACUGGAUUCGGUCAUGGUCGUUAUUAUAUGUGCGUCAAGAUUGGAGGGCGGCUAUUGCCUUGACCUACCAGCCGUUGCAACUAUGUGCGGCCCCUCAGAUCGUCCUUACGGUAUUGGUUUUUGGUCUAACAAUAGGAUGGACUGUCCUGACGUCUAUUCUCUUGCCAAAUGUUUAUCAAGCUCCACCUCUCCUGUGGGGUCCUUUACAGAUCGGACUAUUCAAUUUUGCCCCGUUCAUUGGCCUCGUCAUCGGCUUACCUGUUGGUGGCUUCUUAGCGGAUCGAAUCUCGAACAGAGCUACUCGACAACAUUAUCAUGACCCUCGUAAUCGGCUGCCGAUGAUUCUAUUUGGUGGGCUCAUAAGUCCGGCUGGGUGUAUCAUCAUGGGUUACGGACUGCAGAGCUCGACACGUUGGAUUAUCGUUGCAAUCGGAUACGCCAUGCUCACUACCGGACUGACAUCAUCUGCCAAUGUCCUACUGACAUACUCAGUUGAUUGUUUUCCACAACGUGCUGGCCACAUAGGCGUUCUGGUGAACAUCACAAAGAAUUGUCUUGCCUUCGGUGUUUCAUACGCCACAAUGGACUGGUACAUGGCAACUGGGCCCCUGAUACAGUAUGCCACAAUGGGUGGGUUGCUGUGGUUUGCCUAUCUAUUCGUGAUCCCCAUGUAUAUAUUCAGCAAAAGGUUGUUGAGAACGUCUUCCAGAUGGGCUGUGUGAGAAGAGAGAGUCUCUCAUGGCUUGUGCACACACAUACCGAAUUCAGAUUUGGACGAAGGAUGGCAAACGCGGCGGAAAACCUGCGACUUGGAUUUCUCAAUGCUAUUCGAUGAUCAUGUUCUUGAGGCUGGACUUCUCAGGCAGUCCAGCCAUCUAUUUAACAGCCACAAUUACAAAACUUUUGGCUUGACAAAAUCACUUUUGUUAGCUUCCGAAGUGUGUGCAGCAUGGUCAUGUGAUU